CUAAUCAGUAACCUAACUUAACUCACCACAUCAUCUCAACAUCGACGUCAACAUCGUCAACCAUACAGCAUGGAAAAACGAUCACCGAUACCACGACGGCCUGCCCCGGCACCAGCUCCAGCUUCCGCUCCAGCUCCAGCUCCAGAAUACAUACCAUCCACCUCUACAACACCGCCCAGUCCCAGUUCCAAAUCAAUCAUCAGCAUACACGAUGAAAAACACCAACAACAACCCGAACAAUCCGAAGACAACGAUGCCUCCCCACCCCCCUACCACCCCAUAACCCUCAUCGAGAACCAAAUCGACACCGACCAACCCCGCCGCUCGCGCAUUCUUCCCAUUCCGCUCGUUAUACCCCAAACAAGCCACACCCUCCACGGCAGCAUCUACCGCCCCUUCACGCGCGCCUACGCCCCCCACCUCGCAUCCCACGGCAUCCCCCGCUCCGACUUCCUCUCCUUCAUCGACGGCCUCAACAACGCCUGGCUCGCCCACCCCUACCUGCAAGCCGUAUCCACAACCUCGCACCUGCUGAACCUCCUCCCGCUACUGGAGACGCAAAUCGCCGGCCUGGGUAUGUCUGUUGCUGCCGAGUACGGAUCUAUUAAGCUGUCGCAGGCGCGCACGCAGGCUUAUUUACGGAUCGCGAAUGAGUCGCUUUUUGCCCCGAAGGGUCUGAGAGUGCAGAUUUUGAAGACCGCUGCUAUGCUGGAUACUAUUGGGGUUGAGUCUGAUACACUGGAGUUGCCGCCUUUGCGGGGGGAGAGUGGGCCUGGGGAGGAAGAGCCUCCGCGGUACCAGGAGAGGGAGCGAGAGGAAGGCGGGGAUGGAGGGGAGGGAUUGGAUAAGGAUAAGGAUGAGGAUGGGGAUAAGGUGAGGGGGAAUAAAGAACAGUAUGAUCCGCAGGUUCGGAGGCUGGAAGCCCUCGCCGGCCAUGUCCUCCCCAUCCGCUUCGACGGCGAGCGCACAGACAGCGAUAACUGGCUGAAACGCGUAACGGCGAAACAAGAGCGGUGGUUUACGACCCGUCAGAAUACAGGGCUGGGGGUGAAGCGGGAUAAGGCGGCGCGGAUGGCGGAGAAAGCGGAGCGGGCUGGGGCGGAGAUCGAUGCGCGGAUAGCGGAGGUGGAGGCUGUGGGGGAGGGUGCGCGGGAGAGGGCGCGGGAGAGAUUGGCGGGCCCGUUGGGAGAGUCGUUGCAGGGACGGGGCAUUGUGCGGGAUGAUCUUGAUAAGGAGCUGAGGGGGGUGGAGAGGAGGUUGGAAAAGUUGAGGAGGGAGAGGGAGGCGAAGGUUACGAGGGUGUUGGUUAAGAGUGAGAAGAGGGUGAUGAGGGUUGAGAAGAGGGAGACGAAGAUUGCGCAGAAGGUUAUGUGGGUUGUUGUUACGGGGGAUGAUGCUGUUGAGGGGGAGUUUGUGAAUCAUUUGUAUGAGGAUGAGGAUGAUGAUGAUUCUUCAUAG